UCUAACAAUGCGAAAGGUUGUGUUGUGUUGCGUUGUGUUUUGUUUUGUUGUUAUUCUCACCCACCACCUCCAUUUCCCUCUCUCUCUCUCUCUCUCUCUCUCUCUCCGUCUCCUUUGAGCGAUUUGCUUCGUAUUUGAGCCUUUGGUGGCGAUUUUUUUGAGGUUUUUGUGGGAUUUUCUUUGAUUUGGGGGAUUGGGACGGGGAGGGGGUCGGGAUUAGGGUUUUUGAAAAGAGAAGGGGGUUUAUUCGGGAGGUGAUCGAGCUGGAGGGAGGAGGGAAGCUAGGGUUUUUCUGCGGAGAUUUGUGGUGCGAUCUUAUGGCGUCGGAGAUCACGAAGGAGAAGGAUGUGCAAGAUGUGGUGGAAAAUUUGAAGUUGGAUUCUAAUUCUAAGACUGCGAGUGGUGAGAUGGCUGGACAAAAAGAUGGGAGCACAUCGGAUGCGAUAUCAUGCAUCUCUUCAGCUGAUGCUAAUAGUAGCAUCAAAGAAAGUGAGGUCGAACAAGAGGCCUUGUUUUCUGAACCGAGCAGCUACUAUACCGUGAACGGAUUAUCUGGUUAUCCUUAUUCAGGCUUUGAUGGUUCAUUUGGGGGAUGGGAUAGCCAAACUUUUAUUGGAGGAACUGAAGGCUUGGAUGUUCAGCACUCUGCUAAUCAGGUGGACAAUGGUUCUUUUGUUUACUACUUUCCUGGCUUUCAUCCUGGAUACUCUCCUUACAGUCCAGUUAUUCAUGGAGCUGUGACUAGUCCUGAUGGACAGUAUAUGGGUCAGCAGCUCUUCUACCAAAGCCCAAUCUAUUCCCAACCACUUGCCUCUCCAGGGUUUGUUUCUCAGCCAGUUACUUAUCCUCCGGAAUUAAUCCCUGCUUAUUCUUGGGAUUCAUAUGCUCUUUUUGUCGAUGGGAUCCAUGGUAAUGGAUUUGGUGGAGAUACAACAUUUCCAUUUUCAGGAAAUAAUUUGUCUCCCCAGGGUCAUGCACGAUCUCCUUCAAAACCUUCACCCCAAUCAAAGUCGAACUCUCUUGAAAAGAAAGGAGCCUCAAAUCAAUAUCUCAAGCCUGUGAGUAAGCCCAAUGGUUCUAUCGCCAAAGAUGUACCACCGACUAACAAGGUUUUGUCAUAUGCUGGCCAAGGGAAAAUUCGGCUGCUGUAUCCGAACAGCCCUAGCAAUACCAAGGAAAGUGGAAGAAAUGGUGCUGGGACUGAGAAGCUCAACGGAACUAAUACUAUAGCACCUGCAGAUUUUGAUUCAUUGAAUGAUCAAAAAAGUGGCCCGAGAACCACUGUUAAAAACUCAGGGAUACCCGAGGUUGGGUCGGGUCAACCAAAGGAUCCCGCCAAGGAGAAUGACAAUAGCAGCACCAUGAAUUUAAUAGUAAAGAAGGAUGAAUACAAUCUGCCAGAUUUUCCAACCAAGUAUGAUCAUGCGUUGUUCUUCGUGAUCAAAUCAUACAGUGAAGAUGAUAUCCACAAAAGUAUAAAAUAUAAUGUUUGGUCGAGCACCCCAAAUGGAAACAGGAGGCUUGACAAUGCCUUUCAAGUCGGACAAGAGAAGUCCAGAGAGAAAGGCACCAAAUGUCCUGUCUUUCUAUUCUUUUCUGUAAAUGCAAGCGGACAGUUCUGUGGUCUAGCUGAGAUGAUUGGCCGAGUUGAUUUCAGCAAGAACAUGGACUUUUGGCAACAGGACAAGUGGAAUGGUUAUUUCCCUGUAAAGUGGCACAUAAUUAAAGACAUCCCUAAUCCACAGUUCCGUCAUCUAAUAUUGGAGAACAAUGACAACAAGCCUGUAACGAAUAGCAGAGAUACACAGGAGGUUAAAUUUCCCCAAGGUACAGAGAUGCUGAGCAUUUUUAAGAGCUACUGUUCUAAAACUUCCAUAUUGGAUGAUUUUGCUUUUUAUGAGAACCGGCAAAAGAUACUCCAAGAGAAGAAGAACAAGACUUCUGCCUCAAAGUUGGAGCUUUUAGAGAAAAAAACUACUGAAGUAACUGAAGUUCCAAAGCCCGUUAGUGUCGACUACAUAGUUUCAGGCGUACAAAAGAUUGAUUUAAAUGCGACUAAGGCCAAGGAGGACCUCUCAGCUGUUGGUGUUGUUAAGAAAUGAUUAUGACUUCUGAAACUCUCUGCGAAAGAACAGUAGUUUUUUGGGAACAACUUCAGAAAAGUAAAUAAAAUAUUCUUCUUGAAGCCCGUUCAAGCAAAAGCGAAGAUGGAUGAAGCUUCAUCGCAAGACCACCCAUGAGCAGUGUCCCUUCGAUGAAUGGGUGGUCGGCCGUUCAUCCGUCUGAUGGGUCGAAGAAGAAAACUUAGGUGUACUGUCGAAGUUGAUUGUGCAAUUUUCUCUUUUCCUGUUCCUUUUUUUUAAUUUGAUGCCCCCUCUACUUGUUUUUGCCUUUGGGGGAUCCUUUGUUUCUAAUCUUUUGAGGGCAUCUAAUCUGGUGGGAGAUCUUCUUUUUGGGUGGAGGGGAAGAUGAGCUUUUGAAAGUGAUGGUGCCCUUUUGAUGCCUUUUUAAUUUAAUGACUGGUGGUUGGGUUAGGUUAGGUUCUCUUUUGUGGGUUGCGAAAGCCAUUCCAGUGGCUUUCGCAAGAUACAAGCUCUAUAGCUUGUGGAUUGUUGUGUUGUAAAGUAUGACAAAGGGAGUUGGCAAAGAAAAAGCUCCCCAGAAAAACAAAAAAACAAAAAAAGGUGAAAUGGAUGUCUUCUUCUGCUUCAUUCUUUUCCUGGGAAAUUUGCUUUUGACCCCUGCUUGGUGCCAACACAGUUCUUGCACAAAUAUGAUUUAUGAUUUCUUUGUUAA